AAGCUUGGCUCGCGAGGUUGUUGGCGCGCAUAAAAACGGACUAGAGGAAGAAUCAAUUCCCACCCACAUCGCCACUGAAGGCACGCCAGCCCGUGUGUCUGUGUGUUUUUUUACCCGGCUCCGCCUUGUAAACAAAAAUAACUUUGCUUGUGGUGGUGGUGGUGGUGUAUCAACCCCCAAUAGCCGCAACGGCAACGAAGGCAACUACAAAGCUCGAGUGGCAAGGGCAAUACAGCCACGACAGCCAGCCAACCAAGUUUUUCGGGGUGGCAGACAGUUUGGCAAACAAGCUGUGAAUUCGUCUUUAAAAGCCCAUUAAUAUUUUGGAGCAAAAAAGUACUCGUAAAACCGCAACAAAAAUCACCAUUCGUAACUGUAUCUGUGUGUCUGUGUUUUUAUUUCUAACGUGGACGUAUCUUCGCAUUUAAAAUGAGCGAUGCAAGCGGCUAUCAGAAGCUGCCCCCGGGUUGGGACUGCAAAUACGAUCAGACAACGGGAAAUUGCUAUUAUAUAAACUAUCUGACAAAGGCCAUGCAGCUGGAGGAUCCGCGCGGACGCAGUUACAAGCAGCUGCAGAACGAACGCUGCUCCACCGAGUCGAUAGCCUUGCAGCAAAUGGUCAGUACGGCAGCGACCUCCUCGCACAACAGUUCGCCGUAUCACGUCUAUCCGAGUCACAGUUUGACGGCUGUCAGGGCGUUUCAGGAGCGCGAGCAGUCCACGCUGCAUAAUAUAUCAACGAGUCCACUGCUGUCAGCCUCCUCCAAGGGACAUUUGGAAAUGUCUUCUCCUUUGCCGUUUCAACGCACCCGCCUGGGUGGGAAUAUGUCCAGACGUUCCACCAUUCAGGAGACCUCAUUCACCAAUCAAACCGAAACGGAUGGCGUGGUGGCCAAGAUACAGAACAUGUUCCCCACAGCUGGCGAGAAUCACAUUCGCCUGCUGCUGAAGCGCUACUACAAUCGCGAGGCCGUCGUCAUCAGCGCUUUGCAGGUGGAGAAGCAUCCGGUUACGAUGCCCGGGCCCUUUGUGACGCCACCCGCAGAUCGGCAUCUGUUCCACAGCAAUUCCGCUUUCUAUAUGACACCACCGGCGCGUCGCCUGGACAUGGCGGCUAGUCGAGGCACCUCUCGCACGGCCAGUCCCCUGCCAGGCGGCCGUUUUGGUAGUCUCAUGAGCAUGCAAAGCGGUGGCCACUUGGCCCAAGUCCUGCCCCCGGGUGCUGCUGUGCCGCCAGCUUUGCAUGGAUCUCCGCAGUGGCGCAGUUCGCCCAAGCCGCACUCGUCGCCCAAAAUGAAAUUAAGAUACAUGAAGAACAUUUUUCCCAAGGCGGAUGAAAUGCUGCUGCUGGACAUCCUGGCCAAUGCGGACAACAAUGUGCAGUUUGCCUCGGAGAAACUGAUUUCUUUGGGCUACACGAAGCGCGAGAUGCAACAGCCGCACAAGCCCAACAAUCGUCCACCGGAGCAUCCGAACGGUGAUUUGGUCACGCAGCACAUUCCACUGCGCCCCAAGGUGUACACAGAAGAGGAGAAGGCCAACAUGCAAAAACAGCUGAAGGAAAAGUAUCCACAGAUUGCAGAGCGCAUCAUACUGAUGGCCUUGGAGUCGGUUAACUAUGCCGAGGAUCGGGCCACGCAGAUACUGCAGAUUGUCCAGGACGAGGAUGAGCAACGUGACCAAAAGCAUGUCGCUCCGCAGCCCAAGCAGCUGGAUCUGGCAACGGUCACGGAAAGCGAGCAGGUGGAUGGAGGUCAUGCCGCAGACAGCAUUCUCACGGUGAUUGUGGAGCGAGCACCCACAUCCACAUCUGCCUGUGCACAGAAGCCACCACACAAGCGACACAUUUUGCCAUGCAUCAAUGUCACCACACCGUCGACGGCCACCACACAGAUCAUACUAGAUCAUCGCCAGUACACGCCCACAAUGGAGGCGUACAAGGAAGUGAAGGAGGAGGCCACAAAGCCACUGUCAUCCAUUUCCAGUGCAUCGGCAUCCUCGUCACAUUCAUAUGUCUCACCUGCACAGUCACCCACAUUACAGCCCUGCUACGAACGCCUCACCACCAAGGGUAUGCUGGCUCGAGCAACCAGCGGCGGAGGUGGAGGCUGUGGCUUUGGUAGCUUCAAUCCAACAACAAACACAACAAACAGUUACAACAAUUUGAACAAUAGUAGCAAGAACUACAGCAUCAGCGGCUACCUGCAUGGCAAUACCCCCUGCAAUAGCAAUGCUAGCUCCUAUUCCUCCUAUUCAACAUCAAUGACGUCAUCAUCGCUGGCAUCGGCCAACACCAACUCCAACUCCUCAUCCAUAGCGAAGGCAAUUGAAAGUCGCACGCGCACCAAAACCGAUUCACUGAAACAUCGACAACAGUCCACGACCUUUGGCAACUCCCACAAUUCGGAUUCUUCAGAGUUUCAAUCCAUAAUCGAACGCAUGGCCACGCUGGGUGCCAAUUCGCAGCUCACCAAAGGCGCUGAUGAAAAUCUACUCUUAGCUGACUACGUCACCUGGAAUGGUCCCAAUACCACGCUCAUCCACAAGCAGCCCACGCACGGACCAGAUGCCAGUCUGUUAAGCGAACGCAGCUACAAGACAACUGGCAGAAACUCCGAACUGUGCAAGGGAGCCAAAGCGGGACUGGCCAAGGGCAGCAUCUAUGCUCAGGGCAGCAACAAGAGUCCCAACAUCAAGUGCAACUAGACGGGCGGACAGAACCCUAAGUCUCCUCUAGAGUGCCAAAGGGAGAACAUCAAUAAUCGUAGAAUAAUGCACAGAACCCUCCAGAAAUUCAGACUAAUAUUUUUUAUGUGUCGUGAAACAUUUUCGCUAUACUUGUUCACCACUAACAACACGCUUCAUGAUUAAGUAUAUCCACACACACACCACACCACUCCAAAACACAUUCCAUCCAAGAUCCAAUUAUUUUUUAGUGUAAAAACUUUGUCACUUGGAAAAUAAACUGAGUUUAAAACUA